CAACGGCCAGUUGCUGCAAUUUUACGGAAGAAUUUCGCUGCCAGUCCUCUCGCUGUCACUAACAUGCGGGGUUACGAUGAAAUCACCGCUUUUCUCGGAGAAUGGGGACCCCACCAAAAGCUUGUCUUCUUUGUUUUGAGCCUCAGUGUCUUUCCCAAUGGCUUCGGUGGUCUGUCCAUAGUUUUUGUCGGGGAUGUUCCAGAGCAUCGCUGCUCAAUUCCCCGGAAUCUCAAUCUGAGUGAAGCGUGGAUGAAUCGGACUAUCCCUCUGGAACAAGAGAGAGGCAAACUCCAGUACAGCAAGUGUAGACGGUACCGGCUGGAUGUGAUAGUGAAUCUUUCGGAGACAUUUACCGAGCCAGAUUCCUUCAAUAUGUCCGAGGUAGAACAGGAGCCCUGUCUGAAUGGUUGGGAGUACAGUAAGGAUCAGUACAUCUCCACCAUCGUCAGUGAGUGGGAUUUGGUGUGUAACAAUGACUGGAAAAUGCCGUUUUCGAUGUCAAUAUACUUCCUGGGAGUGCUGACGGGUUCCUUGUUUUCUGGAAUGUUGUCAGAUGGGUUUGGAAGAAAGACAGUUCUGUUUGGGACUAUGGCUGUACAGACUGGAUUCAAUAUGCUUCAAGUAUUCUCACCAAACUGGGAAAUAUUCUGCCUGAUUAAUUUCCUUAUAGGUUUUGGACAAGUUUCAAACUAUGUGGCUGCCUAUGUUCUUGGAUCAGAACUUCUUGGGAGGAAAUCCAUUCGGGUUACAUACUCCACACUGGGAGUUGGCAUUUCUUAUGCAUGCGGCUAUAUGUUCCUGCCUUUGGUUGCAUACUUCAUACGAAGUUGGUGGAUGUUGCUUUUCACACUGUCUCUCGUUGGCCUGCUAUACAUUCCUUUAUGGUGGUAUAUUCCUGAAUCUCCAUGCUGGCUGCUGUUAAAAGGGAGGGUACAAGAGGCUAAAACAAUACUCCAACAUGCUGCAGAGAAAAAUGGUGUCACUCUUCCAGAGAUGCUCUUCAAUGAUAUUGAGCUCGAUGAUAUAAAGGAUAAAAAUGUAAAAUCUUUUACAAUUACUCGCUUGGUAAAAAACAGUAAUAUUCGGGGCAUCACUAUUAUAAACCUUAUAGUGUGGAUGAUUUUAGCAGUUGGAUACUAUGGUCUAUCUUUGAACACACCCAAUCUCGCUGGUGAUGACUAUUUGAACUGUUUCUUCGCUGGUGCCAUCGAGAUUCCGGCUAACAUAGCAGCUUGGCUUUUACUUCGAAGGCUUUCCCGCAAGUUCAGCCUCUCAGGCUCACUUUUUUUUGGUGGAAUUGUACUGUUCUUCAUCCAGUUCAUACCUCCAAAUCUUUCAAUUCUUGCUACAGUGCUGGUGAUGGUUGGAAAAUUAGCAAACACAUGUGCCUUUGCCAUCAUUUAUGCCUAUACUGCUGAACUCUACCCAACCGUGGUAAGGAAUACAGGUGUCGGAGUGAGUUUGAUGGCCUCCAGGCUGGGCAGCAUCAUCUCAUCUUACGUUUUUUUCCUUGGAGUUUAUUAUGAGUUUCUGCCUUAUAUUCUGAUGGGGAGUUUGACAGUGUUUUCAGCAACUCUGGUUUUGCUACUGCCUGAAACAGUUAAUGUUGCUCUCCCAGAUACCAUUGACCAGGUGCAGAAAAUGGCGGGGUUCAAAAGUGUUUGCUGCAAUCGCUACUAUUCUAAGAAAAAUGAAACAGCUGGAGAAAACAGUAUGGUGGUGAUUUAAAAAGAGGAAAUUUGACCCAGUUCUGACCAGAGGUUUGCAGCAAUGGAGAAAUGGACUUUCACCAUUUCUUAAUAAUAAAAACAAAAAAACUGCGGAUGCUGGAAAUGCAAAACAAAAACUAAAACAGAAUUACCUGGAAAAACUCAGCAGGUCUGGCAGCAUCGGCGGAGAAGAAAAGAGUUGACGUUUCGAGUCCUCAUGACCCUUCGACAGAACUUCUUUUGUUUCACCAUUUCUUUCCAGUUUAUGCCACAGGGCUAACGAUAUCUACACUUAAAGUAUAUUUAUACUCAGGGACCUCUAUCAAAUGUUCAAACCACCAGCAUGCAGUACUAUUCAAUGCUUUAGGUUUUAAAAAAACAAAUUUACUGGAUUUUUUUUCAAAGUCUUAGGCAAAGAGUUUGGAACAUUUUUUGCUAACUUAUAUCUCUUUGCUCAGUGG